GUCUCAUUCAAUCCAGCCACACACUGAGACAGCAAGGAAUUCACACACACACAGACACACACACACACACAGACAUAAGCACACAUCAAUAUAGACGUGCAGCAGUACAGAGGGUUACAAGGGGCUUCCCUUGUGAAACCACUUAAAACACACCUGUCUAGACUAUUUCCCUUUCUACCUCUUGCUUGCAUACACAAACACAGCUGUCAACAUGUUGCUGCCAAGAGCUUUGACCUUGUUCAUCCUGUGGGGUUCUGCAUCUUGUGUGCGGUAUCGGGCUGAUUUCAACAUGAUGGGAGUCACUGGUUGGAUCCUUUUUGACUCCACAGAGCAGAAGUCCACCGCUAAUCUCACAGGAACCGGCACAUGUCGAUUCAAUAUCUCCCUCACUACAUUCCCGGUUAUGUACGGCCAUUUUCCUUCACCCUGUCAAACGUCACACAUAGGAGAGAGUGUGUUCACAUUUUCUGUAGAUCAGCCUCAGGCUGUUGUGAAUGUGUCCACUCUAUUUGAACAGCACAUUAGCCUGGAUGCCUUCUCGGUGCUGGUGGACACAUGCAAUGGCACAAGGAUUUGUGCUGGACUUACUUCGGAGUCCCGGGUAAGAACAUGGCAGGCACGGUUUUUCAGUCCCGUGGCUGGAAACAUCUACAUCCGGCAAGUGACGGGAGAAGCAGGAGCAAGGGUUCUCUCUGAUCUAAGAAAUGUCAAUCAGACCAGGACUUUUCCAAAUGUCACGAUUUUAGUGUCGGAAAACUCUACCACCAGCUGCAAUACACUUCUUGGUAGUCUGGAUCCCAAGAGUCUUACAAAGCUGGGUGUUUUGAAUGUGGGAUCAUCUCUAGAACCUGUGAAGUCUCGGUUGGAAAUAUCCACUCUCAAUUCUAAUGUCCGCAUCAUCGUUCUCAACUUGACCUCAAGCUACAUGUGUGCAGAGAUCCGAAGUGUUGCAAUGAAGGUAGUUAGUGCUGUUGUGAACAUGCAACGGAUUAAAGGCUACUUCACCUUCCAUCAAUCAUCUCCGUUCGAUCUCACCACCAUCACUGUUAACCUGACAAACCUGGACAGAAGAGUUGGCCCGUACCACGUUCAUCAGUUUCUUUUGCCUGAACCAAAUGAGAUAUCAGUUAGAUGGUGGAUUAAGUAA